UGGACGUCACUGCUAAUUUGUUUCAGCGAUGAUAGGAUAAAGGAGGGACAUUAAGAAAUAAAUUCCCCCUCGCGACCCUCGCUGAGCUCACGGCUCUGCCCCUACAUAUUUAUGCCGCGUUUCCGGCCGCUGGGCGAGGAGCUACUUAGCCCCGCGGCUCCUCGGGGCAGCCAGGCGGCAAGCGGCUGCCGGGCGGACGGGGAAGCCCCAGAUUGGAUCUGCGUCUGACGGGAUGGCGAUGCCCAGAGGAUAGUGCCCGCUAGCAUGCGUCACCUCUAGACACAUCCACCAGACACGUUUGCUCCCCGGUCUGCCUGACCUGUUGCUUAGGGACAUGUCCCGCUGCUUCCCCUGACGUCUGCCUGAUCAACCAUCGCUUCCUUGGAGAAUAAGGAAGGAGGCAGACACAGGAAAUCAUGCCACCGACAGCCCAACGACAAUGAGUGAGUGACGCUGAGUUGACGUCAAAGGCAGAGAAAACCAAGACCGAGAGCAGCUCGCUCUCCAGACUCGCCUUGGCCCCUGCAGCGCCGGCCCCCAGCUCCUCCUCUCGUCACAGCCAGAAGCCUGGCCGCUCCCGGCGACAUCGUCUCGGCUUGACACAUUUUGAGGUCUUCUGACCCUUGGACACUAGACAUCAUGGAGAAUCACAUGUUCAGCGUUAAGCAGAUCCAACCCAAUGUCAUCUCUGUCCGCCUCUUCAAGCGCAAAGUGGGGGGCCUGGGGUUCCUGGUGAAGGAGAGGGUGAGCAAGCCACCCGUGAUCAUCUCCGACCUGAUUCGAGGGGGUGCCGCGGAGCAGAGCGGCCUCAUCCAGGCCGGGGACAUCAUUCUUGCCGUCAAUGGCCAGCCCUUGGUGGACCUGAGCUAUGACAGCGCCCUGGAGGUGCUCAGAGGUAUCGCCUCCGAGACCCAUGUGGUCCUCAUUCUGAGGGGUCCCGAGGGCUUCACCACGCACCUGGAGACCACUUUCACUGGGGACGGGACCCCCAAGACCAUCCGGGUGACACGGCCCCUGGGUCCGCCAACCACAGCCGUCGAUCUGUCCCACCAGUCGUCAGCCAGCAAAGAGCAGACCCUGGCAGUGGACGGGGCCACGGGUCCUGACAAUGGGCCGCAGCACGUGCCAGACCAGGGGCAGGAAGCUGGCUUGCUCUCCCACACCAAUGGCCUGGCUCCCAGGCCCCCAAGCCAGGACCCUGCCAAGAAAAGUUCUGGGGAGAGCAAUAAACUGCUCAAAGAGAUAGAGCCUGUGCUGAGUCUUCUCACCAGUGGGGGCAAAGGGAUCAAUGGAGGGGGACCUGCCAAAGCGGAGACAAAGGACGCAGAAAUCCAGGUGGACAGGGAUCUGGAUGGCAAAUCACACAGACCGCUGCCCCUUGGUGUGGAGAACGACCGAGUCUUCAAUGACCUAUGGGGGAAGGGCAACAUGCCAGUCGUCCUCAACAACCCGUAUUCAGAGAAGGAGCAGCCCCCCGCCUCGGGAAAACAGUCUCCCAUAAAGAAUGGCAGCCCCUCCAAGUGCCCUCGUUUCCUCAAGGUCAAGAACUGGGAGACCGAUGUGGUUCUCUCUGACACCCUCCACCUUAAGAGCACGUUGGGAACGGGAUGCACUGAGCACAUCUGUAUGGGGUCCAUCAUGCUUCCUUCUCAGCAAAUACGAAGGCCUGAAGACGUCCGCACAAAAGAACAGCUCUUCCCUCUUGCCAAAGAGUUUAUUGAUCAGUACUUCUCAUCAAUUAAAAGGCAAGUUCAUGUCUACACUGGGAAGACCGGGUACUGGGUACAAAGACUUCAGGUCCAAAUGUGCAGACAGUUGAACCAAGACCUGAGCAUAAGGCCUCUGCCUGCCAUGCACAGAGGUCAAAAACUGGUGGCCCAAGGGCCAGAUCUGGCCCCUAGAAGUGUUUUUGUUUAG